AUGCCAAUGAAGAAUGCGUCGUGGUCUUUGGAUGAUAUUCAGUGCAGCGCCAUAAACGUUUCCAUUUUGUCAGAACAUGUACCAAAAUGGACAUCUUGGUUCUUCAUCACGUGGUAUGUCCUGGCGAGUGUCUUCAGCAUCUUCUUCAAUCUUGGUGUUUUUGCAUUGUUUUUCCAACACAAGCAUCUUCGAAGCGUGGGAAAUUCAUUUUUCAUGUGUCUUGCUUUAGCGGACCUUCUGAUUGGUGGGCUCGUCAUACCUUGGAAGAUCACGUGCUAUCUUUCUUCUCCUCCACCAAUAGAAAUCCGUUUCAUGGUCGUGUUGGCAGAUUACCUUCUAAGUACCGCUUUUCUAAGUAUCUGUGGGCUCACUUACGAUAGAUAUCAAGCUAUUAUUCAUCCACUGACAUAUGCUUCUAAAGUCAAUUCCAAGACCAUCAAAUUUGCUUAUGUCCUUAUUUGGGCAUUACCCAUAAUACACUUGGUGCGGCUUGUUUGGUAUCUCACCCCAGGAAUAACUGCAUCUUCUAGUGACUCGAAGUUCUCGACGUUCUUAAUUUCUUGCAUGAUAAUCGUAAUAUUAACGGUACUAUUUGCCUAUUGUCGCAUUUACCGUGAAGCCUGCAAUCGUCAAACCCAAGUUACUGACAUCCAAAUAGCAGGACUAACCGGUAAAACCAGAAAAACUGGCAAAACCAGAAAAACCGGUAAAUCCAGAAUAAAUAAAGCGUUUCGCUCUUGUUUAGCGGUGACAUUGUGUUUUGUCGGCUGUUGGAUUCCAAGGUCUGUUUUUCUGGGCAGGAGUUUUCUAAAGUAUCCACGUUCUCUUGCGUGGGAUCUGAUAACGUUUGGUCUAAUGGUCUUAUCAUCUAGUCUUAACCCUAUCCUGUACUCUCUAUAUAGUCAUGAUAUACGCACUGUUAUUCUAACAUCCAGGCUGUUCACUGUUUUGAUGAGGAAGAAACAAGGAGAAAAAGUUUGGGAACAUCGUGGGAUUAUCCUUAACAAAAAGGAGAUCCAGGAUCGGAUUUAG